CAACGAGCUAUUAUCAUAACAUGGCGUUAAAAUGGCGAUUGACGAUCGUCGUUCGAAGCGAGGAUGUUUAUAGCGGGUUUUUGAGAUAAAGGUCUUGACCUUGACUCUUGACCCCUCCAUGCCAUAUGUCUGGUGGCAUGGGUCACAAUGACUAAGAACCACUUUGACACUUUGGGUCUAAAACCAGGAGCCUCUGAAGAUGAAAUAAAGAAGUCGUUUCGCACCUUGGCCAAGAAAUGGCACCCUGACAAAAACAAGAAUGCAGGUGCGGAAGAAAAGUUUAAAGAAAUUUCGGCAGCUUAUGACUACCUGCAAAGUAAAGAUCGCAGAGAGAUACUUGAGAGAGAUAUUAACAAGAAGAGAGAAGCAAAGAAACCAGAAACCAGAAAUGAACAACCGUCAAGUUUCUAUGAAACAACCAACAAUCCAAGGUACACGUAUUCAGAAUCACACACGUCAACCACAAAAACACAGUCAGAGAAGAAGGAAAACAAACAACCAGGGAAGAAGAAAGAUCCAUUCUGGACAAGCUCCUUCUUUAGGAAGAAUAAGGAAGAGAGGAAGAAACCGUGGCAUCAGAAAGGGGAGAGAACUCCUUCAUAUGAAGAAGAAAAGGCUGCACCGAAAUACAACAAACAGCCUCCAACAUUUUCUGAUGCAUUUCGCUCAUUUGUCAAUCAUCUAGAUUCUGAGUUUGAUGCUUUCUUUUAUGAGCCGGGGCAGGAAGAUGCAUUUGCUGACAUCCUCUCUCCAGUAUCUGUCAGUCCUCACAGGAAAACCAAGAAGAAACCGCCGAUGAGACCACGCAAUGUUGCCCCAGAAACAGGGAAGGCGGAGGGAUUGGAUGAAGAAUACAUGUUUACACCACGUUCAGGUCAUCAAGAGAGGACAUAUGCAUCUGAUGACAAUGACAUGUCAUCUGACGGGGAAUUCGGAUACGAUGCUGACAAAGCAGCUGCUAGGAUGCCUUGCAGCCACUGUGGGAAGCCUGUCAGAGCCUAUAAACUGUACCAACAUGAGCAGGCUUGUGGCAAGUUCACUGACAGCUCCAAUGAUGAGGAUACAUUCUCAGACAUCAAUUCCCGACCUCAAAAGGCAACUGGUGACUGGCGCCACACACGUGCAGAACUCCAUAAUCAUAUCCGCAGGGCUAAGCAGGCAGCUAGGGCCAGAGCUGCGGAGGAACGUUUCGCACCCGUGACAUGCAAAUGGUGUGGUCGUACGUUCAACAAGCAGGCAGCAGAACAUCACAUCCCCGCGUGUGAGAGAUGGACAAAACAACAUGGCCGACCCAUGAAUCCUACUGGUCACACAACUACCUCCAGCAGGGGCAGCAAGUCAGAGAGAGCUACGCAGUAUGCAAAGAAAGUUCGUCGUCCAGGAAUCAAGAAGGAAGAUGUGGGUGACUCCAGUGAAGAGGAAACUCCAGGAUCUCAGAGGUAUGGUCACCAGGCAACACAUGGUGCCAGGGACAGAGGCAAAUCAAAAGAAGAACCGCAUGGGUCGUCCUACUCACGGUCAGGGUCACACAGAACUCAGAAUACAUCAAAUGGUUCUUUUCUUGGGGUCAAUGGAGAGGGUUUGAAGAAAAAACCCAGUGCAGAUAACCUCAGCAAUAAUAGUAAUCUUAGAAACGAUGGAUGUUCCCAGUGUCGCAGCAAAUAUGGAAGUGCUGCCAAGUUCAGCUGUAGUUGUGGAACUAGGAAUAGCUUCAGGUGAAGGUGCUGGUCUCUUGAUGGAGGAGUCAGGCUCUUGACGGAUGUGUCUCAGGAUGGAUGUGUCAGUUUCAUUACAGGUGCAUCAUUCUCAUGUUGGACACAUGAGUUCAUGGACAUCACCUUCUGAGUUAAAUCUUUGCUUUGACUACACACAAAGACAACGGCAUUGUGUUGCUAUCAGACCCUAAAAUCUGUUUCUCAAAGCAUGGCAAUUGUAGAUGCCACUGACAUAUUUACCUGCACAAAGGUUUCUAAAAGACUUGCAAGAGCUGGUUCCCUGCUUAAUUCUGUAGAUUAUGCUAUGUAAGUCGAUCUGAAAACAAUGAACUUUUGGACAGUGUCCUGUGUAUCAAAACAUUUAUCCAGGAAGAUGAGUAUUAUCCUCUUUGUUAUUGUUAUUUAGUUGUUAUGAUCCUUACAGAAAUCAGGGUUGAUCAGAAUGAUGAUUUCAGUGUGUACAUUGAACAAACUUGCAUGAUUGAUAGGUUAUGAAGUAAUACUUUUCUCUAUGUAGUAUGUUAAACCUUAGCACAGUUAGGUAGGUAAGAUUAAAUUGGUGAUGUGAACAUGAAAACUUACUUCCUAAUUCUUAAUUAAUGUUUCAAGUUCUGUUAUUCUUAGUGAAUGAGUGAGUUUACGCCGCUUUUAGCAAUAUUUCAGCAAUAUUAUGGCAUGGGACACCAGAAAUAGCAUUCACACAUUGUACCCCAUUUGGGGAAUCGAACCCGGGCCUUAGUCGUGACCAGCAAACGCUUUAACCACUAGGCUACCUCACCAACUUUGUGUUAUUCUUAAGUGAUGUGGGGCGCAGGGGUAGCCUUUUGGUUAAAGUGAUCACUCCUCAUGCAAAAGAAAUGGGUUCGAAUUCCUACUUGGGUACAAUGUGUGAAGCCCAUUACUGAAGUCCCCGCCAUGAUAUUCCUGGAAUAUUACUAAGAGGGGCCUAAAACUAACCUCGCUCACUCUUUAAGUGUUUGAUUGCAUAUCAUCGCACGACUGGGUUGUCUGGUCAAGACUGUAUCUAUGAUAUAGCUUGUAUAUUUGGCUGAAGAGUGGCACCAGACAAUAACACCUGCACUGUAUUCAUACUGAUUAGCCUUUCUCUGAUUAUGACUAUGAUCAUCAUUCCGUCCAUCUUGUUCGUCAUUAUUGUUUAUGUCGGCCAUUUUUGGAUCAGUGUUCUUUUGUUCCUUGUGAUGUGUUUGUGUUCUUGUUAAUCUUGUAAAGCAUUAUCAUCUGAAGUUCAGUAUUUGUCUCUGUAAUGAUACAAAAUGUACCAUAUACGAGAUUGUGAGGAGAUUUGCUUAAUUUAUGUCAUCAUGUUCUUGCCUGUGAUAUUUAGUUUACUUCUUGUAUUAAGAUAUUUAUAUUCUCUUUGUUAUAUUCUUAAAAUGUUUAUUUACCUUUGUUGUAUAUUUACUUCUAUUAGUAAUCAGCUUGUGUAAAGGUUUAUCAAAUAAAUGUCUAUAUUUCUUA